GACUUAAUACUCCUGUUGAUCUUAAUAACUGGGCAAUCAUAUAUCCCAUGAAAUUCAACAAUGAUGCACGAGAACUUUGUACAACACUUCAACGAGUUGGCCCACCAAUGGGAAUGUCAGUUGCAGUACCUACUACGCAUGGAUUGAGAGGAGAUAGUGCUCAAGAAUAUGUGGGUGCUCUCAACAAUUGUGCAGGAAAACAGAUGGUUUUGUUGAUAUUACCAAAUAAUAGAGCAGACCGAUAUAGUGCCAUCAAGCGCCAUGCAAGUGUGAAGAUGGGCCUUCCAAGCCAGUGUGUGUUGAGCAGAACCUUAUUCAAAAAGCAACGUCUUAUGUCUGUGGCAACAAAAGUAGCAAUCCAGAUGAAUUGCAAACUUGGAGGUGAACCCUGGAAUGUUGCCAUUCCAAUAAAGAAUGCAAUGGUGAUUGGAUAUGAUGCAUAUCAUGAUAAAGCAACUCGAGGAGCCUCUUAUGGAGCAGUUAUAUCCUCUGUAAACCAAGCUUGGACUCGAUAUCUGUCUCAAGUAGGUCGACAUACAAACCAGGAAGAGCUAACUGAUAAUUUUGCUUCAGGAGUAAAGAUUCACAGCCUGUCCAACACCGAGACACCUGCAGUGCCUCCUCGUGGCAAUCCAUGGAAACUGGGCACUUUGCGAUCCCAAGCUAAACUGUGGGGGAUCUCGGAGCAGCAGGAGACCCCAGAGGUACAGAGCCGUAGCCCACCGGCGUGUAGACACGCCCUAGCUCCGUACCAACUCCUGCUCCUCAACCACCUUAGGGUCAAUGGGCGGCUCAGAAGAGGUGGGCCUUGCCAGCCCUCCUCCCCCUAG